AGGCAAGGUUCAAAGGUCAUUUAUUUUGUAAACACGCACCUUUCGAUCUCCUGCCUUGCGUGUUGUCCUUGCUUUCUAUUAGUAAUAAAAGUAGAGAAAUUGGGGCUGUUAUAACUAUUUAUAUAUCGUUUCUACUAUUUCAAAAAGACAAUUUAGUGAAGGACAAUUUUCUCUUGCGCUUUUUUCAUAAAAUUCACUAAUCAAAGCCGAAAACAAAGGUGCCGUAGUUUAAAUUUAAGGUAAUUAGUCAUUAGUUAAGUUAGUUUAAAACAAAUAUUGGCCCAAAUAUUAAUUUAUUAAAUUAAUACCACUCACUCUGUCUGAGACUCUUAAGUCUUAGUAGUCUUAGUUUCUGUUAACAACAAAUAAUAACAUAACGAUAGUUACUCACGACCUUGUACUUAUAAGUUUUACCUUUAAAAUCAAGCCGGUUCAAGGCCCUCUUAAAUUUAAAUUAAAUAUAAAAUAAUAAAUAUAUAUUAUAAUAAUAAUAGGCCUAUGACUAUGUGAACUAUGUCAUAAUAUUAAAAAUAAUAAUAAUAUGUCAUAUGUUAUUCUUAUCAGUAGGCCUAUCUGCCUAGCAUAACUGUGUAUAUAACUGUAGUGUAGAAUACCAAUAAGUUAAUUAAAGGCAAUAUAAAUUAAUUUACCAACAAUGACAGUAGUUUUAUAAUAUAACACUAAUUAAUAUUGCUGCAAUAAAAAAAAUGUAUCUUAUAUUAUAUGAAUGCAGUUUUUUUUGCCUCAGGUAUAACUUAAAAAGUUCCAACCAUGAGUUUAUUUUCAAAAUGUAUGUUUUUCAUUCAAAGUUUUGUAGAGCAACCUUCAUGGACAAGCCUAAAGCCACUUUCAUCAGUCAAAUACAAGCUCCUAUUCAGUGUCUUCUGCGACCUGGUGUUUGGUUACCUGGGAUAAGGAGCCUGCACAGUCAUCAGGAAAAGUGUGCUGGCUUUUAAUUAAUAUUUUUUUUUAACCUGUUAUAAGGCAACAGUUUUUUUGUGAGAACUAACUAAAGUUAAAGGGGCAGUUGAAGCAAACACAAAACUAUUUAAGAAUAAAAGGGAUUUCAGUUUUUGUAGAACUAACUAAAUUGCAUCACUUUUAGGAUGUUACAUAUUCAUAAUCAUAUUUUGAACAUUUUGUUAAUUAAGUUUUGGAAAUCUAAGAGUUUACUACUGUUGCUGUCUUUCACAAAAGCCUGAAGACAAUGUGUAGAAAAUAUUAACCUCUGUAUAUAUAAAUAUAUAUAUAUAUAUAUAUAUAUAAUAUAUACAUAUAAAACAAAAUAUAUGAAAUGUUAUUGAUCUGUUUUACAGAUGGAAGUUCAAUAGUGAUUCAGUUAAAGAUAAUUUAGAUUCAGUUUUAAGGGCUGUGGCAGAUGUCGUCAAAGCAGACCGAAGCAGAUCAUACUGGGAUAUUCAAACGGUAUCUGCUAUUAUUUUCAUUUCAUUUAAUUUCUUGCUUUUUCCUUUAAUUCAAUGAAAGAAAGGAGCUUUCUCUGACUAUCUUCAUUAAUAUAAAAAUGUGAUGACCGAGAGCAUUAUUUCACUAGUAAAUUAAAAUUUUAAAAGAAACAAAAUAAUCACUCUCAUUCAUUACAUGGCAAAGAACUUGGAAUUAACUUUACAAAUUAAUUACCUUAUAUACUCACAUAUAAGCCUACAUCGCAUAUAACCCGACCCCCUAAAACUGCUUUAAAAUGGCCAGUUUUUGCAAAAACCCGCAUAUAAGCCGACCAUACAAUUGUCUAAUUUGACUCCAUAUUUUUGGUUCAUAGAAAUGUGUUACUGUCAAGAUGUAAAAUGUUUACUUUUAUGUUCCAUACCAGUUUGUUUACCUUUUGGAAUGACACAAAAACGUGUUCUGCUCUUUCACACUCAGUAUCAUUAUCAGCUAUGCAUAGAUUAAAUUCUUUGAAGCGACACCUCUGUAUAUAUAUAUUAGAACUCUGUACACACAACCCAAUAAAGAGUCAGAUAGCGAUGAAAAUGUGUGGCUGGAAAAUUGGCGUUAGUGUCUGUUCUUGUGUCCAUUUUGUUUUAUGCGCAUAUAAGCCGACCCCUUGAUUUCAGUAUUGUAUUUUAUAGUUCUAAAUUCGGCUUAUAUGCGAGUAUAUACUGUACAUAUCUGAUCAUUCACUCAGUUCUGCAGUCUUCAUUAAUUUACUAUAAAAUAAGUUGAAUCAUCUUGUUGUUUACAAAAAAAGUUUGUCAGCUGCUUUAUUUUUUAAACCCAUAACGAUGUCUUAAAUAAAAAAAUGCACUUUCAUUCAGCAAACAUUUUGUGUUUGGUAUACAAAAAUCAGAUAACCCUCUUAAUAUUACCAGCUUUAAAGAGUAUAAUUCUUUUUAUAUAAGGCUUAUUCUUACGUUGUUUUAUAUAGCUGGGAAUUUUAGGCUUCAUUUGAAUAAUGUUUUCAUUUGAAUUGAAUUGCUGUUUAAAUGCACAAGCUCUAUAACUUAUUUUUACCUUUAAACUGAAUAGCUAUUUGCACUUCACAAGCUCUAUAACUCAUUUUUGCCAAAUGAAUGGAUUUGCUGUUUGAACUUCACAAGUUCAAUAACUCAUUUUCACCUGAAAACUAGACUGAAUUACAGGUUGCUCGAGGUUUCCUCAGAGUGUUUGUGUACACAAGGGCGGAGUGGCUUGACAUUAUAGAAAUUAAAUUUAUUGGAAAAACAGCUGAGGUUGGUUUAUGUGCAUUUAUUUAUUUGAAGUUUGAAGCAUGUUCUAUUGAAUCAAAGCUGUCAGUGUAAAAUCAUUCUUUAAGGAAAUUACUUAUUUUACUGCAGGCUUGUAAAAAAUUUAACCCCUAUACAGAACUUAAUCAAAACCCUCGAUUGCUUAGAAUUAAUUCAAUAACUAAAUGCAGAUAUUUUUGUAUAUUUUUUUUUAAUAACGUGAAUAUAGCUCGCUCACUCGAUAAGUGUAUAUUGCUUUUUAAAGACAUUUUUUCUAUUGGCAAAUCCAUGGGAUUUUGUCAGUUUGUAGCAUAAUUUUUGUAUUGUCACAUGUGACCAUUUUGUUCGGUUGAUUCAGUCUUCUUCAUGCUGACCUAUAAGGUCGCAACUGAGUUUUCCCUCUGGUAUGCCUGGAUCAAAAGGGGUGGGGUUGGGGAGGGGGGGUGAGUGAUGGUAAAAUCAGAAAAGGUGGUUGUUAAACAACAACCUUACCCCUUUGCUUACUAAAACCAUCAGUCUUAGAGGAUUUUGGGGAUGGGAUGAGGGACGGUGUUGGAGCCAAGCAUUUGAGCAUUUACACUGGGAUAAACAGACAGCAAGCAGUUGUUAAAUUCUACAUUUAUGCCUUGGUAAAGAUCUAAGUCACAAAACCCCAGAUUAUUUAAAGCAUUCUUUGUUUUAAAAAAAAAUAUUGUUUUGUGCAUAAUUUACAGUUUAAAGUUUUCAUACUCAAAAGGAGAAAAUAAAAAAAAAUAAUAAUUUUUCUAUAAAAAAAGUUUUUCUUUUGAAGAUGAGUUUAAAUGCACUAAAAUGUUGAAAAUACUUUUCUUAAACUUCAAGAAAGUCUGUGAAGAAAAUAUUUUUAAAAAUUAGAAAAAAAAAAAAACUUCUACAUUAAUUUGAAAUCUGUUUGCCUCGUAGAGUGCCUUACUACCCUUUUGCAUAUACUUUCUUUGCCUUAAAGAAUUUUGAGACAUUAUAUUCUACUUUUUAUUCUUAAAAACCCAUCUUUGAAAUAAAGUAUAUAUAUUUUUUUUUUUAAUUGCAUUUAUGUCCCUAAAAGCAUGUUUCAUUUUGAGUUAACACUACAUUAAAAGUUGCUUACUCUCUCAGGUCUGGUCUUUCUCUUCUGGAUUCUUGCCCCUGAUUAUUCCAUUUGCGUGUUUACUGAAUGUGGUCAGUUGUGCAAUUAUAGUGGGUUUUAAAAUUUUAAAAUUAAUUUCAUCCAAGAUCCUAAAAUGUUUACAAAGUAUGAUCCCCACACUGCCAUAAUAAAAAAAAGGAAUCAUAAUUUUUUUUUUGUGGAUAAAUUAACAUAUGUUAAUAAUUAGUUAAAGCUAGUAUUUAAUUUAUAUUUACUUGAAUCAUCUGCUUUAUUUAAUAGGCAUCUUUUAAGUAUAUUUUUAUGCAUUAAUCUUCUAGUAGUUGUAGUUUAUCUUUAAUUAUUUUAAAAUUAGCUAAUUUUUUCUUGUUGAUUUUGCAAAUUAAAUGGACAAUUUUUCUAGUUUUUAAGUGUUCACAUGAUUUUUUUUAUGAUGUCUCUCGCAUAAUUUUUGUUUUUAUCUAUAUCACAUCAUUUUUUUUUAAAUGUUUUAUUAUAGAUCUACAUUAAUAUCUAUGUCAAUGUUUAUUAAACAAAUUCCAGCCCUUAUUCUGGAUACCGUUCUUAGACAAUGGACUAAACAAACACAGAAUCAACAAAAUUGUUUCUGCCAUGGACGUGGCUGUUCAGCGAAGUUAAAAACUUCCCAGACAAACUGUUACCUCUGUCAGUAUUAGUAUUUCAACAAUUUAAACAAUUAAAGCAUUUACGAUUGUCA